AAUUCAGCAGUGCUUUCCAGGCUGUCAUGCUUGUGUUUUUGUUAUUGUUGUAGGUUAGUGGAACAGCUGGGCACAAAAAGAAGAUUUUGUGUCUCCGUCCCCGUUUUAUUCUUUUCUUAUAUCGAUAGACUUGAACUAUCUUCACUGUAAGGGACGACGCACUUGGACACGCCGAAACGAUUAUAUAAAAAGGCGCUGCACACCUAACCUUUACUUUCUUGCCAUGGAAAAGCCUUGGAGGGUGGAGUUCAGAAAUGUGGGCUCCAGCUACUUUCCUCAGAGCAGGGUUGAGUGCCAUUACAGCAUGAGCUCAGAGCACACAUGGGCCAGCAAUGACUGGAUUGGACUGUUCAAGGUUGGAUGGUCUUCGGUUAGGGAGUACCACACCUUUGUCUGGGCUCUGGCUCCUACUGGUUACCAGGACGGCACUGAUGUGAACUGCUGUGCACACUUCCACGCUUCCUACCUCCCCAAGUCCGGGUCCCAGGAGUACCAGUUUGUGUACGUGGAUGGGAAGGGCGAGGUGUGCUCUCACAGCCCCACCUUCACCUUCUGUGCUCCCAAGCCCCUGGAGGACCUGGUGACCCUGGAAGAGGGGGCCCAAGGAGAGGAGGGGGGCACAGACAUGCUCAUGGUGGUGCCCAGGGCUGAGCUCCUACAGAGCCGUCUGCAGGAGUGCUUGCGGGAGCGGGCCGAGCUGCUGCAGGGCCGUGAGGCCGCAGACAGGAUGAGGGAGAGGGAGAAGGAGAGGCACGAGAGGGCCAGGGAGGCCUGGGAGCGCGGGCGCCACGAGCUGGAGAGCAGCCUGGCCCGGCUGAACGAGGAGCUGAGAGAGAGCCGAGAGAAGAGGGAGGAGAUGGAGAGAAAGCAAGAGGAGGUGAAGGCUUCAGGGGAGAGCCUGGCGCAAGAAAAGAGUUCCUUACUGGCCAAGAAGGAAGCCAGCGAACAGCGAAUCAGAGAGCUGGAAGAUGACAUCAAGACCCUCACGCAGAAGGCUGUGGAGAGAGAGACUGAGCUGGAGAGGAUGAAGGAGAGAGCCAAGAAGGUGGCGGCACAGAGGAGGGAGGAGGAGAAAGAGAGAAAGAGUGUUCAGGCCAAGCUGGAGCAGACGGAGGGCGAGCUGCGCAGCCUGUCCGCUGAGUUCCAGGGUCUGAGGAGCUCCCUGGCCCAGAGGGACACACAGGCGCUGCAGCUCCGAGACACCAUCACCACCCUCACCCACAAGCUCAACGCUGCCCACAGGAAGGAGGCGGAGAGCGGCGCGGCCCUGAACGAGAUGCGGGGCCUGAGGGAGCGCCUGGGCGCCAGCGAGCGCUCCGCCGAGACCCUGAGGAGCGAGCUGAGCAGUACGGUGGCCCAGCGGGACCACGGGCAGGGCGAGCUGCACCAGGCACGCCUGCAGGCCGCGCAGCUCACCCUGCAGCUGGCCGACGCCAGCCUGGCGCUGAGGGAGGGCCGGGCCAACUGGGCUCAGGAGAAGCAGGGGAUGCAGAGAGGAGCCGAGAGCCAGUCUGGCCCUCAGCGCCGUGGAACAUUGAAGGACAGAGGCCGUCUGGAGAAGUUAAACGGAGAAAUGCAGCGCAUGGAGGAGAAGCUGCAGGAGGAGAGGAUGGAGAGAGAGAAGGUGGAGGUGGAGCUGGGAAGAGAGAAAGAUUGCAACAGGGUUCAGCUGAGCGAGACGCGCAGGGAGCUGCAGGAGCUGAAGGCCAGCCUGAGGGUGGCCCAGAAGGAGAAGGAGCAGCUGCUCAUGGAGAAACAGGAGCUGAUGGAGUACAUGCGUCAGCUGGAACAGAGGAUGGAGGCCGUGGCCAACACCAAGUGGACCACUGCGGUGUUUGCUCCACCCAGUCGUCCAGACAGUCCGAUGUCCGACUCGGAGGACGAGAGCCCCGAGGCCCUCCGCCGGCCCCCCUCCCCCCCCUCGCCCGGAGCCCUGGCCCACUACAGCCUGUGUGACCAGUCCCAGCCUUCCUCCCUGCUGCUCCCCGCCACCCCCCCGCCCUCCCCCCGCGGCCCAUCCCGCCCCUCCGCCUCUGUGGUCAUCAGCCAGCCCGCGCCGCUCUCCUCGCCCCGGCAACCGCUGGCCGCCGACACGCUGACCCACAGCUCCGAGUCGGAAGAGGAGUCGGAUGCAGGCCAGUGUGGAGACCACAGCUCUGGAGAAGAGACUGCACUGUUGCUGCCGGACCUCACAGACACUAUCGUCAGUGACCUGGCCGACACCUCCCUGUGGUAGCUGCCUGGAUGGAGGAGCAACCCCGAGAUAUGGUCUCCAGGAGAAGGUCUUGAAGAUCCUGGGUGGAGCUAGUUUGGUAUCGGCUUCCACUCUGCCACAAGCACACAUACAGUACCAUCCUGGGUUGAAUACAAAGAUCAAAUAUGCUAAAUUGUAGGUCUAAACAAGCAGACCAUAGAAACAUCUGAGGUAAAUUUGAAGCAUUUGACAGGCGGUGAACAUAGUGUUUGAUCCCGGGUGUGUGAUCUGCUCAUCUGUACACUGACAAAUUAUGUUGAUAUGCAAUUUUCCUUAAUAUUUCCUAUACUAAGAUGUAUCACUGUUUUAGGCUGUUGAGUCGUCCUUUCUUAAUGCAGUUAUACAUAAUGCAGUGAUGGAAAUGACAUAACCCUUGUAAUAACAGGUCCCACCAAGCACCUCCUUCUUCACGGCCAGCGUCAGAUAGUUAGAAAGCAGGAAACUGUUGUUGUUAAGGUAUGAGGGGAAUCUUUCAAAGUUCUUGCGCAAUAACGGCAUUUUUUCAGUUAACU